AUGAGAUCUCCUUUGUUACUGCGCGAUGCUGGAGGAAUUCGAUCUGAUGGAGAGAGAGAAAUGGUUAUUGAACGCACCGCAGAAUUUCGACCAUUAGAGAGCGGAGAGCGUUAUUUGGAUGCUGCCAGCUCUGCAGAACUCAUCACUUCUCCUGUCUUACCAAAUGUCAUCAGAAAAAUCAAGUCGCUAUGCGCAUAG